GUAGGAUCUCAGUGGAUCAGCUCCGGACUGAGCACUUUGGGUGGUUUCCCUUCGUGCUUUCCAGCCGUCACUUUUUCUCAGGAAAUCAUGCUUUGUAUGCAUAAGCUUAUCCAGCAGAGGAGCCAUAUUCCAUUCUAUGCUAAAGGUGUGCUUCUCUCAUAAACCAAACUACCCAGAAACAAACAAACACAAACACAGAAUCAUAUUACUAACAGUAAUCCUUCUUCAAAAUAGACGAAAUGCCAGCUCUCUCUCAACUUCAGUUUUGGAUGAAUAAUCUCUUGUCUUCACGCUAUUACCAACUGGAGGAGAUGGAAGAACAGAUUGUUUUGACGUUUCUCAACGUGGAAGCUUCUGAUCUGUCUGUGAAUGUACUGAACGAGCCAAGCGGCUUGGGCAGAAUUUUGCAAGUACGAGGUCAACGCUCCACGGACCAUUACUUUCUACUAGACGACACUGUAGUGGAUGUGAACAAUCUGUCGGUCCAGCUGGAAGACGACGGUGUGUUGAUGGUGAUUGCUCCUGUCGUGCACAAGAAGGGACCCAGUAGUAGAGCACCCAUUCAAGCGAUCCAUCCCAUUCGCACCACCCACAGACGAAAGCAUUGGUUUCCCAAGGAGGAGCAUCGUUCGUGCAGCACCUUUAUGAAUGCUAUUCAGAACACAUGUAACGGUACAAGUAAUCCUAAACAAUAGAUCAGACAACCAGAAUACUGUGAAUGGUUCCGAAACCG